GCUGCCGCCUGCCACAUGCACGAACGGGCGCAACCUUGCAGGACGCGGAGGAGGAGGAUGAAGCGCGCUCGUCAGUAGAACGGCAACAGCAUAGGCAGAGCAUUCGUAGUGGUAUUUCGCAAUUACAGGACACUUAUCAACAUUGAUACGCAACCGACACGAUGACGAGAUAGCACCCAUAUUGAUCCCCCGCCAGCCAGGACUCGAGGCGGUCCAGCAACAUGUCCUCCCAUCGCAAUGGCUACCUGAAUGGCGGCGAUGGGCCAUUGCACCGCUUCCACUUCGAGGACAGCAGCAGAGAGACUAGCGACGCUGAACGGAGUAGAUCGAGGGGUACGCCAGCCCCGCGGGGAUACCAGGCGGGCGCAUCUGCCAGAGGACAGCAGCCUGCGAGCCGGUUCGAUCGCAGUCAAGGACGGAGUCGCGAGGAUCCAUACGGCUACAGCCAGCAGAGUCAGAGCCGCAGCAGAAGUCGAGUGAAUGCGAAUCGCUAUGGACCUGCAAGUGGGCAGGUGGAAGAUAUCCUCCGCUACAUCGAGCAACAAUGGGCCUUCAUGGCCAACGACAGCUGUGUACCCGUCAAGGUCGCCCUACAAUUAAUGGACAACUCGUCACUGGGUCUCGCCGACCAGUAUCAGCAAUUCGGAGAAGCGCACACCCAGCUGCAGAAUGCACUCAAAGUCAUUGUCAAUGAGCACCACCAAGGCUUCAACAGUAGUAUUGGUACUUUCCACAAAAUCCAGGCGGCGAUACACACCUCUCAACAGCGAGUGCGGACAUUGCGAGCGGGAUUGGUACAAGCAAAAGGUAGUCUGGCGACGGGCAGGCCGGAACUGAAGGCAUUUGCACAAAGCAGUCAGAGCUAUGAUCAGAUGUUACAGGUCUUGGGGACGAUAGAACAACUCCAGCAGGUGCCAGAGAAGCUCGAAGCGCAGAUUUCCGAGAAACGCUUUUUAGGUGCCGUCGAUAUACUGCAAGAUGCGCUCAAAAUGAUGCGCAAGCCAGAAAUGGAGGAGAUUGGUGCGCUGAGUGAUUUGAAGGUAUAUCUGAGCAACCAGGAACAUUCGUUAACAGAUAUCCUCAUUGAGGAGCUGCACAACCAUUUGUAUCUGAAGAGCCCGUAUUGUGAAGAGCGUUGGAAAGCACACACCCGGCGGGACACAACCAGCACCGCACUCGACGAUGGCGAGCGGGCCAUGUUCGAGUUCCUCGAGAACUUUGACGCUUCCAAACCGAUGCUGGAGGAUACGACCAGAAACCCAGAAGCAGAUACGUUCGCAUACAUCCAAUUAAUCGUCGAGUCGCUCAACCGCAUGAACAGGCUGGAAAAUGCAGUUGAUGCAAUCGAGCAUCGACUUCCGGUGGAGCUGUUCACUGUCGUCGAACGAUCACAUAUGGAAGUCGAGCAACGACAUCCGUCUGUCACACGAAAUGCGACAAAAGGACAGACCGGAAAAGCAGGAAUCACAUGGGGAGCAGACGGGGAGCGUAAGGAGACACUCGAAGAUCUGCUCACAACUUUGUUCGCCAAAUACGAAGCCAUCGCAGAAGGGCAUCGCGUUCUUUAUGACGUGACUGCAGCCAUUAUCAAACGCGAUGAUCACGACGAAUCGACCGGUUUGAAUCGAAGCUUCCGUGAACUGUGGAAACUAUUGCAAAGCGAGAUAAGGUCUCUUCUGCAUGACCACCUGGCAACGAAUGGCAAUCUCGAACAAAGGAUGCGGCAAGAGAACGACCCUAAUACGAACAUUUUCAAGCCUCAGCCUCGUGACAAAACUCGCAGGCUCUUCAAGCUCACGGACACCGACAGCAAGUCGCCCGAGCUCGCGACAGAGCGCGAGGAUCUUGAGGCUAUACUUAAACAAUCAGUUCCUGGACUGGUUGGUAGUAAUGCACAAAAUGCCAAGCAGGAUCGCGAUACGGUCACAGACAUCUCAGCGACCGGGCACAAGCUGCUGGUCGAACCUAGUGUGUUCAACAUGGGCAUUUUACUGAAGCCAUCGCUAGACUUCCUGACACGGCUGCGAGAUGUCGUGCCACCACAUUCUGGUGUUGUGCCGAGCACAUUGACGUCCUUUCUUGACGACUUCCUUAUUAACGUCUUCUACCCACAAUUGGACGAGACAUUGCUGGACCUGUGCAGUCGCAGCAUGACGGAGAUUGAUGCGUUCCAGGCAGAUCCGAAAUGGCAGACGCACGCACAGCGGCCAAUAUUCAGGGGUACUGCUCGCUUCUACGAGCUCAUCCAGGCCUUCUGUGUUAUGCUAGACAGUCUUCCUCACGACCAGAGCUUCAGUCAGCUCAUCAUCACGCAAAUGCGGUCAUACUACGACAAAUGCUACCAGUGGUCUAAGAGUCUGCUACAGCGUGCCCUUGCCGAGAACGGCAAUGCGAAGAUGAGACUGGCCGCACACCUUGCCACGGAUGGCGAGGUCAACAAGGUCGUAAUCGAGCUAUCGAAGGGAGAUGCUCGUGAUCCGAUCGUGCUCGCUGAGAAGGAGACAGCACUUCUCUUACGGCAGAUCAAAAACACUCGUCUAGAAGAGGCAGACCUCAUUGUCGACCGAAAGGCCAUUGCAGCCCUCUGCACACUGCACACGAGCAUGAAAUGGCUUGCUGCGCAAUGCAAACAGCUGCGUUAUAUUUCACCUCGUGCGAUUGACACAUCCAGCAUGCAAGCUCAUGACCGCAGGCGCUGGACACAAAUCGCUCACGUUGGGUCGGCGCCCGCUGGUCCUUACCUGCCUCUGGACCAGCAGACCGCGGCAGGUUUUGAUGCAGUCAUUGCAUCUUUCACUGAACUGUCAUCACUCAUAUUGCGAACCCUACAUGUCGACCUUCGCCUGCACUUGCUGCAUGGUAUAUACGCCGCGAUGGACACAACGUAUGCUCUCGGCCAACCAUACAACGAUCCCGAUCCCGCCAUUCUCAACCUCGCUGCAAGUUUGGGAACUUACGAUACUGCCAUCUCCACGAACUUGCUCGCUGCGCAGUACGAUUUCUUGACUGCCAACCUGCACGUCCUCGCCAACAACGCCUUGGUCUCUCUCGUCGGGUGUAUCCCUGCACUCGAUGGGCACGGGCUAGACCGUAUGGGUCUCAACAUUCUCGUUCUGCAGCAGACGUUGAAGACAGCGAUGCAGCAAGACGCGAGUCUGGACUUCGCCGCGAAAUUCUAUGGACUGUGCGAGCCCAAGGCCAUCGUGGUGGAGUCGAAGAAGGGCGAAUAUGCGCCUGAGGAUUUGAAAGCUUUGGCAAGGCUGGUGUGGGUCGAAGAUCGCGAUCGGGAGCAAGGUGCUUUAGACCAGGUUGUGGCUAGUAUUGGAUAAAUGGAGAUGAUGUCGGGGUGUCAACAAGGUGACUCGUUGGUCAAGACAUGGUGAAGGCGGAUGUAGUGCUCUGUUGGCCGACGUUGCUAGUUGGCACGAUGUACAGAACGUAAGAUGCCCUUUCAUCUUGGUGCUGGCGCU